CAAAAUGUAGUUUUCACGGAAAAAACAAGCGAUAGCGGUAACAAAGAAGGAAAAUGAAUCUUCCACAAAAAAAUAGAUUCUUGAAUUCCCAAAUCCAUUGCCAAACUGGCAUUUAAUUCAACCAAUUAAAGUCCCACAUUAUUUCCAUUCGCCAUCCAAAUAAGCAAUGAUUGCCCCCACUUCCUUGCCAUCCUAUUCGCGCCGCCAAUACGUUCUUUGCGCUUUUCUAUUGGGUGCUCUUGUAUCUCCAUCAGACGCGUUCACCCCAGAUGCGCUCCGUUUUCGGGGAAAAACCGCCCUGGUCUCCAAUGGGAAAUCCCAACAAUCCUCUUCUGCCCUUGGUGUUGCCUCAUUGAAAAAGACCGUUAUUGACAUCCAAAAGAACACAGGCGACAGCAUCCAAAUUAGCAAUGACGACGAGCUUAUGGCCGACCAGGCCRUCGCCGUGGACCAAGKCCUAAACAACAUGAUGGGAAUGAACGGAAUGGAACAAUCUCCAAACCAACCCAACGAACGAUACAGGGCCAUUAGUCUACAGGCCGUUGACAAGAUUGCCGACAAACACCCCGAAAUCAUUCCUCUUCUCGACGAUAUCAAGCUCUCGGGACUCAUCUUUCCCUUCAAGGCCUCUCCCUAUUUCGUCGACGAACUCAUCGACUGGUCGGUCGGAUCCGAGAAAGUCCGCAACGAUCCAUUUUACCGCUUAGUCUUUCCCACCCUCGAUAUGCUCAGCGAUGAGCACCGCGAGAAACUCGUGGCAGCCAAGGCCGCGGAAGAUCCGGUCAACUUGAUGAAGGUCGUAGGAGAAAUCCGCAGUGAACUGAACCCGCAUCCGGCAGGCCAAAAGACCCUCAAUGCGCCAAAGACCAAGGAGGGUACCGACGAAGAAAUUGCGAAGGCCGAAAAACUCGCCAAGCAAUUGACUGGUGUCCAGCACAAGUACAGCGAGACCACCCUGGUCUUUCCCGCUGCUGCACAGACCUGCCAUGCGUACUGCACCUACUGCUUCCGAUGGGCUCAGUUCAUCGGGGACGACGAGCUCCGAUUUGCUCAAAAAGAGGCCAAUUCUCUCUUUGAUUACUUGGCGGACCACGAGGAGGUUUCUGACAUUCUCAUGACGGGAGGAGAUCCCAUGAUCAUGCAGACCCGAUCUCUCAAGCAGUAUCUCGAGCCUCUCUGUGAUCCUGACUUUUUGCCACACAUCAAGAACAUUCGCAUUGGUACCAGAAGUCUCUCUUUCUGGCCGCAGCGCUUUACAACCGACAAGGAUGCCGACGAGCUUAUUGAAAUGAUGCGCCGAGUCCGAGAGGAGGGCGGUCGUCACUUGGCCAUCAUGGCCCACCUGGGACACCCGAGAGAACUAUCCACCAAAAAGGUCAAGGAUGCCGUCGAGCGAAUCCAGAAAGAAGCAUUUGCUACCAUUCGAUCUCAGUCGCCCGUUAUGCGGKGCAUCAACGAUGAUGCCGAUGUCUGGGCCGAGAAGUGGCGAAAGGAGGUUCAGAUGGGAAUCAUUCCCUACUACAUGUUCAUGGCCCGCGAUACUGGUGCGCAGGCCUUUUUUGAUGUUCCAAUGGAAAAAGCCCAGCGCAUUUACAGCGAUGCACUCCGCAAUUGCUCUGGACUGAUCCGAACCGUUCGGGGACCCUCCAUGUCUUGCACACCUGGUAUGUAUGCUGUGGUUUGUUUACAUACUAGACAAGAAAGUUUGUCGAACAGAUCACUUUUUCGUGGCUUCGCUCAUAUUAUUKUGUUCGGUGCUCUGUGCGUUUCGCGUCAUUUUCUUGCAGGCAAGGUCGAGGUGACUGGUGUCGAAGAAAUUUUGGGCCACAAAGCCUUCGUCUUGCGUUUCCUCCAGUGCCGUGACGAAGACUGGAUCGGUCGUCCCUUCUUCGCCAAGUAUGACCCCAAGGCUGUUUGGUUCGACGACCUCGAACCCUUGCCGGGGAUGGAACUCCCUUGGGACGAGAAUGGAAUCCCCAAGCCGGUCAUUCCAGCUCUCAACUAGCAGGCUUGCACCGAUGUAGCUAUAUGUGUUUCCGAGCGACGCCAAGCACAAAUGAACAGAAGUUAGAACUUACCUGCAUCCAAGAAGAGUCUCUGGGUCAACAGGUUCGUUUUUUGACAGAUUUACGCCUUGCUUGUCUGUACUACACUCUCCUUCUUGUUGUUCUUUCUGUACUUGCCAUCUCUACGGCUUGUUUCCUCUCUAUUGCGUCUUUAUUCCACACAACAUGGGAACAUUGUAUCUUUCCAAAGAUUUGUGCUAUAUCUUCACUUCAGUUUGA